CAGGCCCCAAGGUUAGACACAUGCCCUCCAACCCCUCCCCCAGAGAUGACUGGGAAAGGCGACCAGCUCAGGGAGCCCAGACACCAGUCCCCCAGGGCUCAGCUUCCGCCUUCUGCCCUUACCCACUGCCCGUCAAAGCGUCUGGGGAAUGAGUGUGUCCCAGGAAGGUCCAAGUGCCUGAGAUGUUCCUGCCACUGUUCUUGGCCAUGCUGUGGGGCGGGUCGCAGGCUCUGGACUCAUUCAAGCUGCAGGUGCAGGAGUUUGUGAUGGUACAAGAAGGCCUGUGCGUGGUCGUGCCCUGCUCUGUCUUCUACCCCUCCAGAGGAUGGAGUCCCACCACCCCAGCUUACGGCUUCUGGUUCAGAGACAAUACCCCCAAGCCUAGUCUGCCAGUGGCCACCAACAAGCCAGGUCAGGAUGUGGACACAGACACCCAGGGCCGAUUCCAGCUCCUUGGCGAUCCCAGUCAGAGCUGCUCCUUGCUCAUCAGAGAGGCACACCUGGAGGACAGCGCACUGUACUUCUUCCGGUUCGAGAGAGGCGAUUAUGUGAAAUAUAAUUUCAUGGAAUACAAGUUCUAUCUGGAGGUGACAGCCCUGACACUGAAGCCGGAGAUCUACGUCCCUGAGGUCUUGCAGCCCGGGCACCAGGUGACGCUCUUCUGUGCGUUUAACUGGAUCUUUGACGAAUGUCCAGUCCCUACUCUCUCUUGGAUCGGGAACACCGUCUCCCCCAACGAGGUCAGCCCGAGAACUUCCUACUUCUCAGAGCUCACCUUCACACCCAGACCCCAGGACCACAACACUGAGCUCACCUGCAGAGUGGACUUCUUCGGAGAGGGUGUGAGCGCGGAGAACACCGUCCGACUUAGCGUGGCCUAUGCCCCCAAAGACCUGGUUAUCAGCGUCUCCCACACAGAUGAGCCAGGUACUGAGGGCCACUUGGGGGUGCAGGAGGGCAGGGGGAGUGGCGUUUCCCCCUGCGGUCCUUCUCUUGCUGUCUCUCUUUCUCUCUCUGCAGCUCUGGAGCCCGGGGGAGAGAGCCCACACCUGGAAGUCCAGAAAGGCCAGUCCCUGCGGCUGCUCUGUACCGCGGACAGUUUGCCGCUGGCCACACUGAGCUGGACCCUGCAGGACAGAGUCCUCUCUUGGUCCCACCCCUUGGGCUCCACAGCUCUGGAGCUGGCACUGCCCAGGGUGAAAGCUGAGGAUGCGGGUCGCUAUACCUGCCGGGCUGAGAACAGGCUUGGCUUCCUGAGCCGCAGCCUGGACCUCUCAGUGCAGUAUGCCCCGGAGAACCUGAAAGUGAUGGUCUCGAAAGCAAACCGCACAGCCCUGGAAAACUUGGAGAGUGGCGCAUCUCUUCAGGUCCUGGAGGGCCAAAGCCUGCGUCUCCUCUGUGUCGCUCACAGCAACCCCCCCGCCCGGUUGAGCUGGGCCCGACAGGGACGGACUGUGAGCCCCUCCCAGCCCUCAGAUCCCGGGGUCCUGGAGCUGCCUCAGAUACAAACAGAGCAGGAAGGGGAGUUCACCUGCCGGGCUCAGAACCUGCUAGGCUCCCAAAAUAUCUCCCUGAGCCUCUCCGUGGUCUCCCCCCCGCAGCUGCUAGGCCCCUCCUGCUCCCAGGAGGACGAGGGUCUGCGCUGCAGCUGCUCCUCCCGAGCCCGGCCGGCCCCCUCCCUGCGCUGGCGGCUCGGGGAGGGCCUGCUGGAGGGGGAGCUCAGCAACGCCUCCUUUGAGGUCGCCUCCAGCUCUUCGGGGCCCUGGGCCAACAGUUCGCUGAGCCUCCGCGAGGGGCUCAGCUCCAGCCUCAGACUCAGCUGCGAGGCCCUGAACGGCCACGGGGCCCAGAGCGGGUCUGUCCUGCUGCUGCCAGAUGAGAAGGGACUCGCCUCCGGGGCCUUCUCCAGCGGAAUCUCUCUAGGGAUUGGCGUCACCACUCUCCUCUUCCUCUGCUUCAUCCUGAUCUUAGUGAGGACUCUGAGGAAGAAAUGGACCCAGGGAGAGGUCCCGGCCCCAGCCCCGGCCCCCGGAGAGGCUCCGCGGUCCAGGUUCUCACGCAGGAGCACGAUCCUGGAUUACAUCAACGUGAUCCCUAAGGCGGGCCCCCUGAAACAGAAAGCCAAACCAAGCAGUCCUUCCCAGCCUCCUCCUCCAGAUGGUCACUCCCCGGAAGCCAGAAAGAACCAAAAGGAGCUCCAUCUCGUCUCCCACAACUGUCCAGGACCCAAGUCAUCCCCACAAGCCUCAGAAGCAGAGAACAACCAAGAGGAGCUCCAUUACGCUGUCCUCAACUUCCCAGGCCUCAGACCAUGGGAGACCCAGAGACCCGAGGGCACACACCCAGAGUACGCUGAAAUCCAGUUCCACUGAGGGUCGGCUGGGCCGGAGGACUCGGAUGCAGGCCAGGGAGAGAGGCAGAGCAAUUGGGACGAGAACAGAGUGUGGUCUGUCUCUCUCUCUCUUUUUAAUCCUCUGAGGAUGGGUCAUCCCAUCCCAGACCCUGGAGCAGCUUGAUGAAUGUCUCCAGAGUUGUUCAGUAGCUCAGUCGUAUCGGACUCUUUGUGACCCCAUGGACUGUAGCCCUCCAGGCUUCCUUGUCCUUCACCAUCUCCUGGAGUUUUCUCGGACUCAUGUCCAUUGAGUCGGUGAUGCCAUCCAAUCAUCUCAUCCUCUGUUGCCCCCUUCUCCUCCUGCCCUCACUUCUCCAAAUACACUCUUCUGAGCAAGGAAAAGAUUUUUCUCGGAGAAGCCCAGGCCCUGCCCCAGCUGAUUACUCACAGUCUCAGUUUCUCAACGGUUUGGGGGCGGGGGGGGGGCGCUUUAGACAGGAUGAAACACGCCUGUUUGUGAGGUCGCCGAGACAACCUCACGGGUCAAGUCUGGGCCGCUGUCGGCUUUGAUGGCACCUGUGAGCUGAGAGUGUUUUUUACAUUUUAAAUGGUUCAGGGGUUAAAAAAAAAAAAUCAAAAGAAGGAUGUUUUAUGAUGCAUGGAAAUAACUUGAGAUUCAAAUUUCAGUGUCCCUAAAUAAAGCUUUAUUGAAGCGCA